AUGUCACGCUCCCCUCGGUUCAGACCCCGUUUAUUACUCGACCACCCAGUCCACACACAAUCCUUAUCCGCCAUGGACGACUGCCCAUCCGAAACACAAUCCUUAUCCUCCAUGGAAGACUACCCAUCCCAAACACAACCCUUAUCCUCCAUGGACCGACCACCCCCCCGUCGCCAUCUCGAACCCUCCACCUUCCACAAUAGGAUCGAUAUCGCCGACAGGGUCGUCGAUAAGGUUGUCGACAAAGUCGCCUCCACUCUUUCAACCCAACAAACCGAACACGUGCAAACACUUCUUGCACAAAAAAAUGAAAACGACAAACAGCUCUUGAACAUGAUGAUGGGGUUCACAGGCCAGGAAACCAAAGACGCGCGGGAGCAAUUGAAUGAGCGAUUUGAGACACAGAUAGAAGAAGGGAGGAAGAGGGAGGAGGAACAAAAGGAACUUGUGAGUGCACUGCGUGAGGAGAUUGAGAACGAGAAAGAGGAGGUGGGGAAGUGGAAAGAAAGGGCUAAGAGUUUGGAGAUACAAAAAGGAGAAGUGGAAAAGGAGGGAAAGAGGGAAAAAGAGAGGUGGGAGGAAGUUUUGGAGGGUAAAGAAGGGGAAAUUAGGGAGUUGAGGGAGGAAAUAGAGGUGGAAAGAGUAGAGGUUGCGAGGCUGGAUAGUGAAGUCGAGAGUGUGAUGCGAGAAAGAGACGAUGCGAGGAGAAGAGUCAAACGGAUGGAGCUGGACCAAGUGAAUUUGACCGAAAGAAUGAGAAGCGUCGAUGAAGAGAAGAGAAUAAUGCAACAGGAUCUAACGUUAAAGAUUGAGAAUGCAGGGGAGUUGAAAGGAGAGAUUUCUGAAUUGAAAAGGACGAUUGAGAAAUGGAGGGCGGUUGCUAUAAUCGCAGGACCGGUCUUCCAGUAUCUUGCGAAUUGGUAUUCUUCAAAGGAAAGUGUCGCUGCUACUGAAGCGUAUAUGGAAGACUUUCUUAGGGAUGAAGGUGUCACUAUCUGA